AAUCGUCACAUAUUCUAUACAACUAACCUACUUUCCCCUAACUAGGCAUUAUACAAUCGCCUCAAAAAUUCAUAGCCAUCUCUCAAAAGAAUGGUGGUUCGUGACUCCACCUGUCUGUCCACCAUUCGUUGGGCCGUCUGGCGUACUGACUUGAAAUUGCAGGUGGUUCGGUUUUUGAAAGGAAAUACCAACAGCAAGGCACGAGAGGAAAGGGACCGAUAUCCAACCAGCUUCAAUUCCAUGGUGAAAUUGUUGAGAUCAUGAAGGCGUGGUGGAGCUUGUGAAAGUUGGAGUCACAGGCCGAUGCGGACGACGUGUACGGAAUGCGAUUGCUGUUGCCGCCAUCAUAUCACUCUCGUCUUCACCGUCGAUCAGUUAAAAUUCUGCAGCGAAUUUAUAUUUAUAUCGCGUACGUAGGUUCUGGUAGGGUAUGGCGAUGAAUGAAGACGUACCGGGCGCUGUGGGGACAGGAGCGAGCUUUGCUUUGAGAUUGGGGCAGGCCGCCUUCUCAACCGCCUCUCUUCUUUUCAUGUCUUUAGGAGUUGAAUUCUAUAGUUACACUGCCUUCUGCUUCUUGGUAACAAUCAUGGGUUUGGUCAUUCCCUGGAGUGUCACUUUGGCACUGGUUGAUGGAUACUCUCUGCUCAUCAAGUGCCCCAUUCGUCAGCUGGGAAUUCUGCUGGUCAUCAUCCUGGGAGAUUGGGCGUUAUCGUUCCUCACCCUGGCGGCAGCUAGCUCCACUGCGGGUGUUGUGGAUCUUCUCUUGAAAACGGAUGAAGCAUUGUGUCCUUCAAAGCUAUGCAAUAGAUAUCAAAUAUCUGCAGCAAUGGCCUUCCUUACAUGGUUUCUUUCCAUGACUUCAUCACUUUCCAAUCUUUGGCUACUUCCUUCCUUGUGAUGAUUGUUAGUUGAUUUUGUACACCUCACUAAUUUACACCCAAAAUGUAUUCUUCUUGCGCACAAACUUUGCAGAAGUCGGGAGAAACUAGGAAAAAAAACAACACACACACAGACAAUUGUAUGUCGAGAUUUUGCCUGGUAACAAGAAAUGGCUCCUAUUAGAUGUCUUUGGGUGCCCAAAAUGCAAAAUCCAUAUGGAUCAUUGUAUAUUUGUACGCAGUCAAAUUAUUCUUGAUUGUUGUAAAGAUACUUUCAAAUCCCCGGUAAACGGCGCCGUUUUAUCAAUCCAAUUGUUCACUUUUCUUUUCGA